AUGGACUCAGAAGACGCUGAUACCGCCGCGCUCGAUCGACCAUCCCUAGAUCCAGCCCAGACCGAAGACAAUACUACACAAUCACCGAAGGACAAGAGUUCACGACCGUCGGCUCCCUCACGCGCCUCGACCUUUGGGCCGAAAUGUUGGAUAUGUAUGAGCGACAAGAGUGAAGACGAUCCCAACAACCCCCCAAUAUGGCGCUCGCCGUGCACCUGCAGUUUGACUGCCCAUGAAGCAUGCUUGUUGGACUGGGUAGCCGACCUCGAGAACCCCAAGAACAAAACCAAGAACUCCGGACAAAUUCUAUGCCCUCAAUGCAAAUCUGAAAUCAGAAUAUCAAGACCGAGAAGCUACGUGGUAGACAGUUACCGCGCAGUUGACCGUACACUGGGAAAAUUGGUCCUACCGGGCUUGGGACUUUCUUUCGUGGGCACACUAUGGGCUGGGGCAUGGUUCCAUGGAUUUGAAUCCGUCUAUUUAGUGUUUGGCCAUGACGAUGCGAAUCGAGUCUUUCAGUACGCCAUACAACGCAAUGAGUAUGCUUGGAUGUACAGCCUUAUCCCGGUCAAUCUAAUCCUCGCCCGCACCGACUAUGCCGACUUUGCCCUCCCCGGCAGCAGUCUGAUCCUACUUUCCACACAGAUUACAGAUAAGUUUGACAUUGACAUGACCAUAUGGCCGCCACUCCCGAGCACAGUAUUUGCUUGCUUACCCGCCAUGAGAUCGAUCUACAAUUGGUGUUACCACAAGGCAUUCUGUGAUCUUAAUCGCAAGUGGUUGGAAGAAGUACAACCCAGACAAAGUGAACGAGGGGAAGGACCGGGAGGAAAUGGUGACGACGGCAAUGAGGACGAGAUGCAAGAAGCAGUCGAGGAUGGCGACGUUAUACUUGAAAUUGACGUCAACCUGAAUGGCGAAGAAGAGGGUGAGGACGACGGCGACGAACAGGCUGCUGCCGUUGCUGGUGAUGGAGGAAAUGCGCAAGCCCAACCAGAGAACCAACACGUUCGCCGAAUAUUGGGCCGCCACGAUCUCGUUGACGGCAGUGGCAGUAUCGGGCAGACCGUCCUUGGAGCGUUAGUGUUCCCGGCAGUCGCUGCGGGAAUGGGCAAUCUCCUCAGCUGUGUCUUGCCAUCAUCGUGGUUGACCUAUCGCAGUUCCACAAGUGGUCGGCCGGGACUGCUUUCGACAAAGUGGGGGAGAAGUGUGGUGGGUGGAUGCCUUUUCGUGGUGAUGAAAGAUGCUUUAUUGCUUUAUUGCAGAUGGAAGCUGGCCCAGGGACAUCGGCAAAGGCGCAUUAUGAAUUUUGAUAAGCGACUGAAAAAGUAUUCGGUAUAA